CCGCUGCAUGUCAGCUUCACUGUGGCGUUUUGUGAGGACCUCUGUUGAUCCGAAUUCAAAACACAAAACCUCUGGAUCCUGAGUGGUUGGCCAUGGCGUCUGACUCCCCGCGCAGACCGAGCCGCUGUGCUGGUGGGGUUGUGGUUCGAGCACAGGCUGCAACAGAGCAGUCAUACAUGGAGAGCGUAGUUACGUUCUUGCAGGAUGUAGUCCCUCAGGCAUAUACUGGGACACCUCCAAAUGAUGAAAAAGAGAAGAUAGUUUGGGUCCGUUUUGAAAAAACAGACAUCAAUGAUGUGGCUCGCUUACCAGAGUUCCAAGAGAUGCACGGCAGCGGCACUGACCCGCCUCUCUGCUUGAUGAUUGGAUACACUGAUGGAAUGCAGAUUUGGAGCAUAUCACUGAACGGGGAAGCACAGGAGCUGUUCUCGGUGAGGCAUGGACCUGUGCGAACUGCUAGGAUCCUGCCUGCUCCUCAUAUCAGUUCCCUCAACACUGACAGCUUCGCUGAGAAACGGCCCCUCCUCGGCGUGUGCAAGAGCACGGGCUCUUCGGGGACAAGUCCCCCUUAUUGUUGUGUGGAUCUUUAUUCCUUGAGGACAGGAGAGAUGGUCAAGUCCAUACAGUUUAAAACGCCCAUCUAUGAUCUGCACUGCAACAAAAGGAUCCUCGUAGUUAGUCUUCAAGAAAAGAUUGCUGCCUUUGACAGCUGCACCUUUAUGAAAAAGUUCUUUGUCACAAGCUGCUACCCCUGUCCUGGGCCCAACCUCAACCCUAUAGCUCUGGGAAGCCGGUGGUUGGCCUAUGCUGAGAACAAGCUGAUCCGGUGUCAUCAGUCCCGUGGUGGGGCCUGUGGAGAUAAUGCCCAGUCCUACACUGCCACUGUCAUCAGUGCUGCUAAAACGUUGAAGACGGGCCUGACAAUGGUGGGGAAGGUCGUGACCCAGCUUGCCGGUACACUGCCAUCAGGGGCACCUGACGAGGAGGGCAUUGCCCAUAGUGGCACCCGCCGCAGCCCUCACCAGCCUGGUGUGGUCACCAUCAUAGACACACACACUGUGGGAGAAGGACAGGUUCUUGUUAGUGAGGAUUCUGAUGGAGAAGGAGUGAUUGCACAUUUUCCAGCACACGAUAAGCCUAUAUCCUGCAUGGCGUUUAAUCCGAGUGGUAUGUUACUGGUGACUGCAGACACCCUUGGCCAUGACUUCCACGUUUUCCAAAUCUUGACUCACCCGUGGGAAUCUUCCCAGAGUGCGGUUCAUCAUCUAUACACGCUUCACAGAGGAGAGACUGAGGCUAAGGUGCAGGACAUCUGCUUCAGCCAUGACUGCCGCUGGGUGGUGAUCAGUACUCUUCGUGGUACCUCUCAUGUCUUUCCCAUCAAUCCAUAUGGUGGAGCGCCAUGUGCACGCACGCACAUGUCUCCACGUGUGGUCAAUCGCAUGAGCCGUUUCCAGAAGAGUGCCGGACUGGAGGAGAUCGAGCAAGAGCUGAGCAGCAAACAGGGCGGCCGGUGUAGCCCCAUUCCUGGCCUCUCUAGUAGCCCAUCUGGAUCACCACUACAUGCCAAACUCACCAGUCAAGAAUCCUUUAACAACUUCACCAACAACAACAUGGGUAACCCACGGCUGUCUCCAUUACCCAGUUUGACGGUCGUGCUUCCACUGGCUCAGAUCAAGCAGCCGAUGACCUUGGGCACCAUCACCAAGCGCACUGGCAAAUCCAAGCCACCUCCCCAGAUCUCUCCCAGUAAGUCCAGUGGUGGGGAGUUCUGCGUGGCUGCAGUCUUCGCCUCCUCCCGCUCUUGGUUCAUCACCAACCCCAACAUGAAGAGAGAGAAAGAUCAGUCUCGGCAGGCUGUCGUUGAAUCACUGUACAUCCUGAGUUGCUACGGAAAUCUGGUGGAGCAUGUGCUGGAACCUCGUCCAAUCAGCAUGGCACAAAAGAUAGGCGACGACACGCCUCUGGAGCUGAACACCUGUCCGAGAGCCUGUUGGAAUCUAGCCAGGACACCGCGGUGGAAUGAGCUACAACCAUCUUUCAACAGCAACCACCCCUUGGUGCUGGCCUCAGACUUCGUGCAGUACUAUCAAUACCUCCUGGCUGGAUUGGCUCCUCCUGGCAGCCCUGGCCCCAUUACCCGACACGAGUCUUAUGACAGUCUGGCAUCCGAUCACAGUGGCCAGGAGGACGAAGAAUGGCUCUCACAGGUGGAGAUUGUCACCCACACAGGCCCUCACAGGAGACUCUGGAUGGGCCCUCAGUUUCAGUUCAAGACCAUCCAUCCGUCCGGUCAGACCACUGUUAUCUCCUCCAGCUCCUCUGUACUGCAGUCACAGGGGCCCAGCGACACCCAGCAGCCUCUCCUUGAUUUCGACACAGACGACCUGGACCUGCACAGCCUCAGGAUCCAGCCAGUGCGUUCAGAACCCGUUAGCAUGCCUGGUUCCUCUCGCCUGGUGGCCGACCGUAGAGGCCAGUCGACAGUCAUAGAUACUGGCUCAGGCAUGUUUGACCGCAGUGUCACCCUGCUGGAGGUGUGUGGCAGCUGGCCUGAGAGUUUCGGACUGCGUCACAUGUCCUCUGUGGAAGCCACGGAAGAGGGCCUGAAGGAGAGGCUGGCAGACGCAAUGUCAGAGUCGCCCAGCAGAGACAUUGUGGGCUCUGGGACAGCAGAGCUCCAGAGGGAGGGAAGCAUCGAGACGCUCAGCAAUAGUUCUGGCUCCACCAGUGGCAGCAUUCCCCGAAACUUCGAGGGCUACCGGUCCCCUCUCCCCACCAAUGAGAGCCAGCCCCUCAGCCUCUACCCCACCGCCUUCCCCUAAAACCAGCCGUCCUGCCCCAAGGAAAACUUCUCUGUCGCCUUUGGACAAUCUUGACAGUACAACCACAACACAUCAACACAACUCCAUUCUGCUCCGCUAUAUCUUUUCUCUGUUCUUUUUCCUUUAAUCAAACCUGGCAUGCAGGAAAACCCUGUUCAAUCAGGCCCUGCGUUACCAUCCUUUGUCAUUCACUUCCCUUGUAGCUUAAUGUUAACAUUGCCUCCACCUGAGAGAGAGAAAGAGAGUGCAUGGAUAUUAACCUUGACGGGUCGGAUGAACUGUAGAAGGGAUCCGUUGGAGUUGCCACUUUUCUCAAAGAUGUGUCAUAUUACCAAUAUCAUUAUCAAUCGAACUUCCAGUGCGCAUCUUUAUUGAAUGCGUGCAUGUGUGUGUGUGAGUGAGAGAGAGUGUGUGCUCAUCAAAUACGUGUCCUGAUUAGUUCUCGGUAGUUGAGUUUAGGUUUGAGCUCACAAAGCGCUAUGCUGGUUUCCAUUCACACAUCAGUAGACAGUGUUUGAUAUAUUUUAGUAGACAUGUACUGUAGUUCACAUUUGAAUUGAUUUGACUUUUAUAGGUAAUCAAACAUGGUCAUGUUUACAAUUGAAUCUUGUUACAUUAUAGUGUUUAUGAUUCUGCACAUUUUUCUGUAUAUUUGAUUUAAAAAAAAAAUAAUUUGAUUGUUUUUACCAAGAGUCAGUUUCUUGGAUUCAAUUUUAUUUGCUUUAUAAAAUCAGUGGAUUCAAAUGAUUUAAAUUCCUUUCAAUUUAUGCGUAAAUGACAUGUAUUGAUUCUUUCAAAAAGGGAGUUUUGUGUUCUAAUGUUUCCUUGUUUGAUUCGCUUUUUUUCCUUGUUUUAUAGGCUGAUAUUUAGCAGUGGCGCUCUCAACGAUCCACAGCAAACUUCAUUCAGCUCAGGCGAUUGAUUUUGACACUACCCAAAUGUUAAAAAAGUAGUUCCAUCAUUAUCAUUAUCGUCAUCAAUAUAUCAUUCUGUAUUAGCUUGUUUAUUUAACUAUUUUAAAUGGCUUUGUUUGAAGAAUGUCUUUUAGCUUUGCUUGACUGGAUGUAACGUUUUACACACACACACACACACAACACACAGUUAUUGAUAAAUACCAAUUAAACAAGAAAUGUGAAUACAUGGUCCUAAUCAUCAGCUUGUCAAAAUGUUUAAAGAGCCCGCUGUUGGCUGGCAGCUCUGUGCAUGUUGAAAGCCUCAGUAGCUGGAGAGGAAACAUGAAGAGUUUGUUCACCGUAAUUUAUAACGCCAUUCAAGUUGGCAUGACUUUAUGUCUGAAUGCAGUGCACAUGCUUUGUAUGGACUAUAUUUUUUGUAAUAAUACUUACGCAAUGUGAUCUUGAAAUAGGAAUUUAUGCAAGUGAAUUUAACAAGUCUUCUAUACAUUUGUGUUUGCUUAAUACUGCAUAUGCAUUCUGACUUCCUUAGUUUGUUGUUUUCCCUUUUAACUUACCUUGCUCUCUCCUGAAUAUAUUUGUUAUACAAAAAAAUAAAUAAAUGCAUUUGAAUGACGAGG